GCCCCAUCUUUUGCUUUCUCUCUCUCUCUCACCUCUUUCUCUCUGUCGCUUGGGCUCGCACCGGACUUGCGCCGUGGGAGCGUUGAAAGGGGGCUCCUCUUCCUCUCUCUCCUCCCAGCGCGGCGCGGAGUCUCGUCGAUUGCCCGGCUAAUAUGCUCGACAACGUGCAGGAGAGCGUCAAGCGCUUCGUACCCCCUGCCUCCAGGAAUCGUUCAAUCAAUCGGCGCAGAUCUGGAGUGAACUAUUCACAUGGGACUGAUGGCGAAAAGAGUCAAGCAUCUUAUCCAAGAAACUUUCCUGCUGUGGAAAAUGGGGAGGUAGGCAGUAACAAUGUUGCAAAGGAGAACACUCAUCAGAAGUUGAUACCUUUAGAGGGGUGUUCUACUAGUGAGGUUGUGAAAUUUCUAACAGAUCGGUGGGCAGCUGCUGUUCAUCAGUUGGACGACUCAUCAGCUGAUGUAUCUGUAAAACCAGUCAUGUACUCUGGAGCCAGUGGUUCGUCUUGGGUUCACUUCAAACUUCCCCAUCAGAUGGACUUUUUGGGAGAAUUACAAAGCAAAAUUCACAAAGCCAACAGUAAUCUGGGAUCAAACACCACUGAUGAUAACUGAUUUGUCGACAAUCUUGUGAUAAUUUAAUUACAGAUUUUAGAGAAACUCCUUUUGAGAUGAUUGUGUCAGCAUUGUAACCUGUAAUAUAGCAUUUGUAUCAAAAUGCAUACUAAUACCGGUAGUGCCUAAAUGCAUACUGAGUGUACUGUGGCCAGCAUCGAGAUCUGCAGAGCAGGGGUGCCUUUUCAACUUAAUGCUUUAUCAUGCAUCUGCCUUUAGUUGGGUAGUACUUAUGAACCAGAAAUUAUAGUUGCCUUGUGGUUGGAUA